AUGUUGCAUUGGCCAGACGAAGCCGAUCACAAGUUGUGGCCUUUUGCUAUGGAUCAUGCAGUCUAUUUGUGGAACCAUCUACCACGCGAAGAUACCAAGCAAGCGCCAAUCGAGCUCAUGGGAGGGGCUAAGAUCGACCAUCACCAAUGGUUCAAACGUCUCCAUGUCUGGGGAUCACCGGUGUAUGUGUUGGAUCCGAGAUUGCAGGACGGGAAGAAGAUUCCAAAAUGGGAUGUUCGGGCGCGGCGUGGCAUGUAUGUCGGCGUUUCCCCAACUCAUUCUUCACUUGUGAGCCGUGUCUUGAAUCUCCAGACAGGCUAUGUCAGUCCGCAGUAUCAUGUUGUGAUUGAUGACCUUUUCACGACAGUUCCAAAUGCCGAUCAAGGAGGUCUGUUUGAUGUUGCCGAGUUUGAUGCAACGACUUGGCAGAGUCUCGUGGAAACUGGUUACGAAAAGCAUUUGGACGAGGAGGGAUUGGCGAGUGGAAGUCGCCAUGAUCGCAGAAAACGUCCUACUUUGGCGAACGAAUGGCUCAAUCCCGUUGAGAAACGUGCUCGCAAGUCGCGCCGGGCGGCUCGCGAGGCGCGUUUACGUCAGCGAAUCGCCGAAGAGCGUCGUCAUCGCGCUGCACGCAACCGACAUGUCACUUUUGAAGUUCCAGAGGGAGGAAAUAUUGACGCUGAAGACAAACCCGCAUCUGCGCCGCCCAAUCCUCCAAGUCACGAUGAUUUGAACGACGACGAUUCCGAUGGAGAACCAGCGAUUCAUUCAGACGACGAGCAGUCUGUGGUUGAAGGUCAUGAGGCCGAAGAUGAAGAUCCAGGAGAGGAGUCGGAAUCAGAGGGAGCUGCUGCUCCAUCACUACCGACAUCACGUGUUCGCAAGAAAAACCCCAAGUACUUCGGGGAUGACUUUGCAAAUGUUGCCGAGCUAGGCAAGAAGAAGAUCCGACAUUCUGCCUUGGAUCGACAAUUCUUUGCUAAUUUGAAGUGGGCGGAGGCCAUCAACACUAUCAAGGGCGACAACUUUGGUCGAAUGUGGCGAGCCGCAUGUGAGCCGUACCACGACCACGACACGGGGCUCCAGGACGACCUGCAUCCCAUGAUUCUCGCUGCGAAAGCAAACAGUGAAGACAACCCAAACUGGAAUGAAGCAAUGAAUGGACCUCUACGACAAGGGUAUUGGAAGGCAGCGGAAGACGAAAUUGAGGCUCUCAAGAAGAAGGAGUCCUGGGAUGUCGUUGAUCGCACUGAAGGCAUGAAUGUUCUACCUUCCACGUGGGCGUUCAAGUGCAAAAGGUACCCGGACGGAAGUGUCCGAAAACUCAAGGCAAGAUUUUGUGUUCGUGGCGAUCGACAAAUCCAAGACGUCGACUUCCACGAAACAUGGGCACCUGUGGUCAACUGGAACACAGUGCGCCUCAUGCUGAUUCUUUCUCAAGUCCUUGGCCUCUCUACGAAGCAAGUUGAUUACACUACGGCGUUCCUACAUGCGCCAAUCGAGGAAGAAGUCUAUGUCGCGAUGCCUCGCGGGUUCUCGGAACCCAACAAGGUAUUGAAACUCAAACGAUGUCUCUAUGGAUUAAAACAAAGCCCCAGAAAUUUCUUUCAAUUCCUGCAGUCUAAUUUGGAGGACAUUGGAUUCGAGCCUCAAACCGAAGUCGAUCCAUGUCUUUUCAUCUCGAAAAACUGCAUCUGUCUUGUCUAUGUUGAUGACACUUUGUUCUUCUCACCUGAACAGAAGUAUAUCGAUGAAGCCAUCGCCAAGCUGAGAGAAAAAGGAAUGGAGCUAGAAGAAGAGGCGUCUGUUGCUGGUUUUCUGGGCGUACACAUCGAACGCAAUGAAGAAACUGGAGCUAUCACCUUGACUCAGAAAGGUCUGAUCAAGCGUAUUGUCGAUGCUCUUGGUGUCCAGAAGACAUCACCUACACCAGCUCACGUUGAUCCAUUGGCGAUCGAUGCGGAGGGAGAUCUACCUGAUGGUUUGUACAACUACGCCUCAGUUGUUGGAAUGCUCCUGUAUCUGUCUGGACACAGUCGUCCAGAUAUUUGUUUUGCAGUUUCUCAAGUCGCACGAUUCAUCCACGGGAAUCGACGCAGUCACGAAGUAGCGAUCGAACGAAUCGGACAGUAUUUGAAGGGCACGAUGGACAAAGGUUUGAUCCUUACUCCAAGAGAGGACUUUGAUAUUGACUGCUACGUCGAUGCUGACUUCGCGGGUCUAUGGAACGUCGAGGAACAUACGAAUCCUGAGUCUGUACGAAGCAGAGCAGGAUAUGCAAUCUGUAUCUGUGGCUGUCCGAUCAUUUGGAAGAGUCAAUUGAUGCGACCUAUUGCAGCUUCUACUAUGGAAGCGGAGUAUAAUGCUCUCGCUUUAUCUAUGAGGGACGUGCUACCCUUGCAGGAACUAUUCAAGACGAUUGGCCACGCUGUUGGAAUCGGCAAGGAGUUCUGCACUCAAUUCAGCACAACUAUUCAUGAAGACAACCAAGGUGCCCAGAAGUUGGCAUGUAUGGAACCAGGCCAUCAUACUCCAAGGUCGAAGAGUUUUUGGGUCCGGUCCCAUUGGUUUCGGCAGUACUUGAAGCCGACACGCACUAAAGUGGUCUACAUCAAAACCAACCUACAGAAGGCUGAUAUACUUACCAAAGGUCUUACCAAGGACAAGUUUCUUCGAUGCAGAAAGCUACUCUGCGGCUGGUAA